CGCAACAGUCUCCCGCUAUUUCUUACAUCACGAUUCACUCACUGCCGCUCACGCUCGUUCAUACACUCUGCAACUUCUGGUUCUAUGGUUUCCUGAUCUCAAAUCACUCCAUCAAAUGCUGCUAAAUCUGUAAAUAAUCCCUAACAUGCUGUGAAAUUCAUUGUGAGGGUGUUUGGUGUUUAUGAAUCACAUUACUGAUAUACAUGCUUAAUUCAAGGACCCGCCUAUCAUCCAACUGCUGACAACAAGCCUUGAAAUGGGACCUGAAAGGUUCAUGUCUCAUGAAGAAGGUGACAGGGGUCACACAAAAUCUCUUCUUCUUAAUGUGCAGGAUAACAGUGAGACAGCUGCAACAUCAGAAGAAAUUUCACAUAUUCAGCAUGGGAAACUCCCCAAGCUUUCUAUAGAGAUACCCUCUACUAGUGUGCAGGAUGCAUCCAUAGAUUUUGUAGCACUGAAUAUGCCUUUAACAUCAAAUUGUGCUUCUCCUAAUGUUAAUCCUUUCCCCACAAAAAGCCCUACAUCUUUCAACAGAAAACAUAAAUCCCCUGAUAUCUCAUCAUAUAAACCCAAACCAUCCAUAAAAAAAAUUCUCCUUCCAAGGCUGAGCUUUAAGUUCCGGAGUCCAGUUUCUGAGAUUGAUAAAUGUGAUGUUAUAGUUCAAGAUGAUUCAUCAGCAACAAGCAGCGAGAAGCCUUCUGUAUUGAGGUCAUUAUCCUUCACUAAGUUGUUCUCAUCGACACCAAGAGGAUCAUCAUCUCUUCCUGUUACUCCUGUUGCUCAUUUGCAUGGCAUGUUUUCACUUAGAACUACCCCAGUUGGCACCUCCAUGUCAGAUAGAAAAGAGUUCAAGAAGAAGAUACAUCGUUCACUUUCUCUGCCUGCAGUUGCCAAACCCAAAAACAUUAAAAGAAUGGAUUCUUUAGGCAACAUGUAUCGCGUAAUUCCAACUCCAAGAAUAGUAGACAUGAGUUGUGCCACACCCGAGAUCAUAGCUUCUCCAGACCAUGAAAGUAAUGAUGAUGGUGAGGAUAUUGCUGAAGAGGAGGCUGUCUGUCGUAUUUGCAUGAUUGAACUAUGCGAAGGUGGUGACACACUCAAAUUAGAAUGUAGCUGCAAAGGAGAACUUGCCCUAGCCCAUAAAGAAUGUGCUUUGAAGUGGUUUAUUCUUAGAGGUUCCAAAAAUUGUGAAGUUUGUAAGCAAGAGGUCAAAAACCUACCUGUUACACUUUUACGUAUUCACAAUAUUCAGGCAGCUGUUGUUCAAACAGGCACCAUAUCACAAAGAAUCGUCUGUAAUUACGGGGUCUUUCAGGAAAUGCCGGUCCUAGUGUUUGUCAGCAUGCUUGCCUACUUCUGUUUCUUGGAACAGCUAUUGGUUGCUGAUAAUGGUUUCACUGCUCUGGCCAUUGCCGUGCCUUUCUCUUUCAUCUUGGGUCUUCUAGCAAGCAUGACUUCCUCGACAAUGGUGGCUGGGACAUGCACUUGGAUUUAUUCAUCAGUUCAGUUUGUGUUGGUUGUGCUGUUUGCUCAUCUAUUUUACUCUAUGUUUCAUAUGCAAUCUAUUAUGUCAGUGGUACUUGCGACAUUUACUGGGUUUGCCAUUACAAUGUGUGGGAGUUCCAUCAUUGUUGAGUUCUUGAGAUGGAGAAUCAGGUUACAUGCGUAGUUCUGAAGAAAUACUUCAAUCAACUCAACAAUCAUCGGGAACUGACAACUAAAAACUCUCCCAGUUGGGCUGUCAGGCAAUUGUUGUAUGUAUUAUACCCAGCGUUUGUGCUUGUGCUGUGUGAAUGAUCACACCUAUGACCUACCUGCAUCAUGUGUGUUCAGUAUCAGUUUGCCAUGAUGAUGAAAUAUUUAUGUUAGAGUAGAAUUAAAGUGUUUAUUAAUUUAAGGAU